UGCCAUCAUGCAAGAUUCUUUAAUUUCCGAUCAUUCAGGGUCUAACACUUUUUUUAUUUUUAAAUCACUAAUAUCAGCGUUCACACCACACCGCUUUUGUUUAUUUUUCUUUUCUCUCUCUGCAAUUUUUUCCACCGUUGAGCGAGAAAGCAAAAUCUGUGGAAGGAAAAACAAGAGAGGAUUGUUACAUCAACAGCUUGCCCGAACACCAUAGUUUAUUUUUGUUCACAAAUCAAUAUAUGAUAUAUCUGGUCUUUGGUUUGGCAAUAACAGCAGAGAGAGAACACAAUUUAGUAUAAGGCUGAGAUGAGGAAGUGUGAUCUCUGUAACAGUCCGGCAAAGUUGUCGUGUGAAUCGGAUCAAGCCAGCCUCUGUUGGGAAUGCGAUGCCAAGGUUCACAGUGCAAACUUCCUCGUCACCAAACAUCCCAGGAUUCUUCUCUGCCAUAUUUGUCAGUCGCUCACGGCUUGGCACGGAACUGGACCCAAGUUUGUACCCACCGUCUCCGUUUGCAACACUUGUGUUAACAACAACAGCGAGAGCCGCAGCCGACUGAAUCACGAUGAAGAUGAUGAUGACCAUAAUGAUGAUGACGAUGAUGAUGAUGAGAUGGAUGACCAUGUAGAGAACGAUGAGGGUGGAGCGGAAGAAGAUGAUGAAGAAAAUCAAGUGGUUCCAUGGACAUCUACACCACCACCCCCAGCUUCCACUUCUUCAAAUAGUGCUGCAACUAGUUCUACCAGGUCCUCUAACGUUGAAGAGGGGAUCUCGGAUUAAUGCUUCGGAUUUAUGCUUCCGACAUCUUCAUGUACAAAACUUAGUUACAGUUGUUAAGUGUUGUUUAUGCUCUUUUUGGAUCAGAAUUAGAGUUUCUAUAUAAAAUUCAAUGUAACUUUUAUAAUAUCAAUUAAUAAGA